AUUAGUAGUGGUUCCGUACCAACUUUAUUCCAACCGUUUUUCGUUACCUUCAUUUUCAGGCCCACAUUCACCGUGUCACACUGUUCCCUUAUCUCAAAUUCAACUACUAGUAAUUGCUUACACAUAAUAAACCUCUGAAUUGUAACCUGUAGGCUCAAUUUCAUUGGCAAGAGGCAUAUAGAAUUAUCCUCAAAGAAUAGCCAAGAGGGGUCUUAAUUUGGCACAACUUGGAAGUGCUACCAAUUGAGUUUGAGACACCACUGUGUCUGUGAUUUUGAGGUUUAGAAUGUCUGCUGCUGUGUCUGCAACCAAGGAUGUUCCCUUCAAUGCUCAUCUGGAGGAAGAUAUCAAAAACAAAGGAAGCAACAAGGUUGUUGGGGAAGCAGACCGGCUUCCUUACAAUGAUGAUGCCGAAGGAACUGAUUCAGAGACAGAGGAAGACCCCAAGUUGGAAUUGGAUCUUGGUCCUCAGUUUUCCCUCAGGGAACAGCUUGAGAAAGAUAAAGAUGAUGAGAGUUUGAGAAAAUGGAAGGAGCAACUUCUGGGAGGUAUUGAUGUGUCUGCUGUUGGAGAAAACAAAGAGCCAGAAGUGAAGAUAGUGAGCCUCACCAUAAUAUGUCCAGGGAGGCCUGACCUCAUUCUGCCAAUUCCAUUUACUUCUGAAUCUAAGAAUAGUAUCUUCACCCUUAAGGAAGGAAGUCAAUAUCGCUUGAAAUUCUCCUUCACUGUCUCCAACAACAUUGUUUCUGGCCUCAAAUACACCAAUGUUGUUUGGAAAACUGGGCUUAGAGUGGACAACACAAAAAAGAUGUUGGGAACUUAUAGCCCAAGCCAGGAACCAUAUACAUAUGAAUUGGAAGAAGAAACUACCCCUUCGGGGUUGUUUGCUAGGGGAACCUAUUCAGCAAGAACCAAGUUUGUAGAUGAUGAUCACAAAUGCUACUUGGAUACUAGUUACCACUUUGAAAUUCAGAAGAAUUGGUCUACACCCAUCUAAGAUUCAAUCUUAAGUAAUUUAUUGGCGGAUUUUCUUCCUUUGUCAUGUUGUAUCUUUCUGGGCAGAUUGCAAUCCAACUUUUUGUUUAUUAAUAUAGAUAGUCAAUUGUGCACAUGCAUGCUACAUGAUGGUGCUAAUCCUCUCCUUCUA